ACGUUCAGUCAUCAGUCGCUCAGUUCUCACUGCAAUAGCAACACCUACCUUUUGUUCUGCCAACAAACCAGCAAUCUCAUCAUGAACUUCAACAAGGUCUUCGUCUUCGUGGCCCUUAUCCUGGCCAUCACUUUGGGACAUUCGGAGGCGGGCUGGCUAAAGAAGCUGGGAAAGAGAAUCGAACGCAUUGGCCAGCACACUCGAGAUGCCACCAUCCAGGUCGUCGGAAUCGCUCAACAAGCCGCCAAUGUAGCAGCCACCGCUCGGGGUUGAGAACAAAUAUUGAUAACACUCAACCUGCUACAUACCUGCCUGAUAAUAUUAUUUAUUUAAUUUCAUUAACAUUUACCUUUAAAUUAAAAUAAACAAACUUGUAUUUUGAAGCAAACAAUGUAUUUGUAAAACAUUUGUAAAAACUCAAAGAUAAAUAAAUGCCAAACUAAAAAAAAACAA